CAUUCCGCUGAUGCAGGGUGGUAGAAAAUUAAAUGGCAAAUGAGAACAUAGAUGAUCUGAUCAGAAACGAAAACAUGGUAGAAUUCGCCGAACAGCCCCGAGGAAACAAUGGAAACGAAGAGAAAAACCCUGAUACGGACGAGGAUCGCGACAAUUGCAACGAUGAAGAGUACGAGGCUCUAAAUGCUCAGCUUGACCAACUCAACUCUGUCCUAGAUAACCUAGAAAGGAAGAAUGACAAAAUACACGCAGAGUUAGUAGAGUUGUUAAAGUCAAAUCGAGAAGCCAGGAAGCAAUUCCAAGAAUCUCAGAAAUCUGAACAGCCCGAACCAAUGAUUUCAGACUCGUAAAUCUUUAGGCCAAGCAAGUGACGGACAUCGUUAUAUUUGAAGUACAACUUAGAAAGUUUUCCAACUAUGAUCUAUUAGAAUUUUAGUUGGACAGGUUAUGGAUAUGGGAACGUAUCGAACAGAAGUUUGUAAAAAAUCUGUUAUUAUGAUCUAUCUAGAAGAAGAAAUUUAUGAAUUUCUUUUUGGAUAGAUACUACGUGUUUUAUUGCUCCUAAACUGAAAUCGGAGACAUUCCUCGUUAUGAAGUGUGUAUUACUUAAAAUGUCAGAACUCACAAUUAUAAGUAAAUAGAACUGAGUCAAUGCGUU